AUGGCGAUGGCGAGCAGCAGCGGCGGCGCAGGCUCACUGGUUCUGGCCUUCGUUACCGUCGCCGUUCUGCUCUCCCCAGCCCUGUCCGCCCCUCUGGACAGCACCGGCUUCCACUCGGCGACGUGCCCGCAGCUGGAGAGCAUCGUGCGGUCCUCCGUGCAGACGGCGCUCCAGCGUGAGGUGGCGCUCGCCGCCGGCCUGCUCCGCAUCUUCUUCCACGACUGCUUCCCACAGGGCUGCGACGCGUCUGUGUACCUCAAGGGCAGCGGCACGGAGCAGGCCAUGGGGCCCAACAGCACGCUGCAGCCGCGCGCGCUGCAGCUCGUGGAGGACAUCCGCGCCAAGGUGCACGCGGCGUGCGGCGCCACCGUGUCGUGCGCCGACAUCUCGGCGCUCGCCACCCGCGACGCCGUCGUGCUCUCCGGCGGCCCCAACUACACCGUGCCGCAGGGCCAGUUCGACAGCCUCGCCCCUGCGUCGGCGAACGUCGUCAACGGCCUCCCGUCGCCGGCAACUGCCAGCGUCACCACCCUCGCCCGCGCCUUCAGCGCCAAGGGCCUCCGCGACCUCGCCGACCUGGUGGCGCUCUCCGGCGCCCACACCGUCGGGAGGACGGGCUGCCCGUUCUUCGCCGACCGGGCCCAGCGCAUGGACGACACCUUCUCCCGGAGGCUGGCGGCCAACUGCAGCGCCCCCUCGCCCCGGCCACAGAACCUGGACGUGGUGACCCCCGACCUGUUCGACAAUGGGUACUACAGGGCGCUGGUGAACAGCCAGGGCGUGUUCACCUCCGACAUGGCGCUCAUCAAGGACCGCACCACGGCGCCCAUCGUGAGGCAGUUCGCGCAGAGCAAGGACGCCUUCUUCGCGCAGUUCGCCAAGUCCAUGGCCAAGCUCGCCACCGCGCCGAGGCCCGGCGGGAACGUCGGCGAGAUCCGCCGCAGCUGCUUCAGCCGCAACGCCCGGCGCGCCAUCGACACCAUCGUCGACGCCGGCGAGGAGGAGGGAUUCGCGGCUUCUGCCUGA